AUGAUAGCAUCCGACAUACUACGACCAGGCGACAUCGAAAGGUGUUUCCAUGGCUUACAGGUACUUCAGAAUGAAGCAUUUUCUCAAAUAGCCAGCAUUGCAGUUACUGAUGAUGAUUACGAAGGUUCAAUUGAAUCCAGAAGAACAAAAAUUACCCGCCGAGUUCAACAAACUCUCAACAAUUAUCGAGAUCUUUUGGACAUAUUAAAGGCAGAACUCAACUCAAGUGGAAACUAUGACUUUUAUAAGGAAGAUUACCUCGCCUACCAACAAAAACUUGGUCACUUGCGAGUAAGAUUGAGAGAAAGCCAACUAUUAUCCAGUGCUCGUGAACGGGAAAUAAUCCACCAGGCACGCAUCGACAAGUAUGCCCCCAGACCAAAAUCACCUGACCAUACAGAGGCGAGGGAACAGUUAUUCGCUGGACGAAGCACAACUAAAACUAAGGAAACCGUAGACGACCAGAUCUUUGCUCAUAAUAAGUCGAUAACGGCUGCUUUACAGUCGACGAGGCAGAUGAUGGCUUCUUCCGUCGUACAGACGGGUCUAAAUAUAGACAACUUGGACCAACAAACCCAGGACAUUGCCCAAUUGAGUUUCAAGUUGUCUGACUUGACCGCAACUUUGGAAAAGUCCAAAAACAUUGUUCGUUUUAUUGAAAAGCAAGAUAAACAGGACAAAAAGCGGAUCUAUAUUAGUAUUGGGUUCCUCUUACUUUGCAGCGCAUGGAUCUUAUGGAGAAGAAUUUUCAGGUUACCAGUUAGAUUGCUCUUCUGGACCAUCAUGAAGGUGUUCCGAGUAUUCUCAUGGUUUUUGCCCAACAUGAACUUUGAUUACUCGGCUUCAAAAAUGGACACAGCAGCGAUAUCCUCGCCAAUCGUUGAGACCUUAUUGUCAUCUACUCUGACACUGCUUUCUGCUCUGUCAAUUUCGUCAAUUUCGUCAAUUUCAUCGAUCUCGUCGUCGUCGAUCCUGUCAGCUCUCGAAUCUGCAAUCCUGGUCGUCUCUGAUAUAGUUAUUGACAUUGAUACCAACAAUGUUGCUUCGACUUGGGAGGAUGUGGUUUCUACAGCAUUGCAAUACGCAAAGGAUGAAUUGUGA